GAGGAGGUCUGGGACUGGCAUUGCGUGAGGGAAUUUCUCACCAAUCGAAAAGCGCGCUGUGUCCGAACGUUGCGGCAGCCAAUAGGCUUCGAGGAGGCUGAUUUGAACGGCGAGUCGGGCAGUCGGAGCGGAGAUAGCGACGGGUGCGGACCGCUCUGUGGAUCCGGAACGCGACCUCUGCCCUUCGUGGAUGAGCGAUCCUCAGACGUUGGCUUGGUGCUGGAAACCAAGACUCUGCCUUCCCUCCCUCCGUGAGUGUUUUCAUCCAAAGGUCUCUUGCGUGCGUGGGGAAGGAAGCGAGAGGGACUCAGGAUGGCCAAUAAGGAAAAUGUAGCCAGUAUCUACAGCAGCCUUUCCAAAUACCGGGUCGCCAGCACGACGGGCUCUCAGUGGGCUCCGGGCAAGAGCAGCUGCACCCCAGCCGGCACCCCCUCGGGCUCCUUCUUGAUGCAAAGGGCCAUCACCAGCAGCGCCAAGAGAGACCUGAAGUCUUCUCUCAGCCAGAGCAUGGCUGCCCCAGGCAGGGUGCCUAUUGAGUCCAGCACCAGCGCCCAAGCAGGAGCCAGGAAGGUGUUCACCAUCGACGACUUUGAGAUCGGGCGGCCGCUCGGCAAAGGGAAGUUUGGCAACGUCUACCUGGCCCGAAUCAAGGAGACGCGGUUCAUUGUGGCGCUCAAGGUGCUCUUUAAGUCCCACCUGGAGAAGGACGGCUUGGAGCAUCAGCUGCGCCGGGAGAUCGAGAUCCAGUCCCACCUCAGACACCCCAAUAUCCUGCGCAUGUACAACUACUUUGACGAUAAGAAGCGGGUGUACCUGAUCCUGGAGUAUGCCCCUCGUGGAGAGCUCUACAAGGACCUGCAGAAGCACCUGCGGUUUGACGAAUCCAGAAGCGCCACGUACAUGGAAGAACUGGCCGAUGCUCUCAUCUACUGUCACGGGAAGAAGGUGAUCCACCGUGACAUCAAGCCGGAGAAUCUGCUGAUGGGGCUGAAGGGGGAGCUGAAGAUCGCAGACUUUGGUUGGUCAGUGCACGCCCCCUCGCUCAGGAGGAAGACCAUGUGCGGAACACUGGACUACCUGCCUCCCGAAAUGGUCGAAGGCAGACCUCAUGACGAGAAGGUCGACGUCUGGUGCAUCGGGAUCCUCUGUUACGAGUUUCUGGUGGGGCACCCCCCUUUUGAGAGCGCCUCUCACACAGAGACGUACCGUCGCAUUGUAGCGGUGGAUCUCAAGUUCCCGACGUUUGUGCCAGAAGGGGCCCGCGAUCUGAUCUCCAGGUUGUUGCGCCGGAUCCCCUCCCAGCGGCUCUCGCUGCAGGGCGUGAAGGAACACCCCUGGGUGAAAGCCAACUCUCGGCGGGUGCUGCCGCCAGUCUUCAAUUCUGCACCCUAAAACUAGCAGCUCAUAGGCUCACGAGGAGACCCUGGAAACAACUGGGGGAAUGGAGCAGCUGUAUCAGACUUCCUCCGUUCUGCACGAUCUUUGCUGGAAGCUGAAGGGGCUGUAACACGUUUCUUUGGAGGCCCCGAUGUGCCUUUUCAGAAAUAUCUGGGAACUGAUGACAAAAUUUCCCUGCCCAGCCUUACUGGCCACGAACCAUUUAGUUCUUUUUUAAUAAUGCCUUUUAGCCGGGCUCGUUCUGAACCACUGAUAAAACGUUUUAUUAAAAGAUACUUUUUUAAAAA